AUGGUCGUCCUUGCGGCGUCGAUAAUCACAAGAGGCGGCAAGGCGUUACUGUCUCGCUCGUUCAGAGAAAUCCCCAAAACCCGCAUAGAAGCCCUGCUCGCCUCGUUCCCCAAACUCGCCGACUCGUCAACCCAACACACGACGGUCGAACAAGAAAACGUCCGCUUCGUCUACCAGCCGUUGGAUGAACUCUACCUCGUCCUGAUCACAAACAAACAAUCCAACAUCCUGCAGGAUAUCGACAGUCUCCAUCUCUUUGGCCAGGUGGUCACCUCCAUCUGCAAAAAGACCGACGAACGGGAAAUCCUUCGCAAUGCCUUCGACUUACUCUCCGCCUUUGACGAGCUCGUCACCAUGGGCUACAGGGAGAACUUGUCCCUCAGCCAAAUCAAGACAUUCCUAGAAGGCGAAUCCCACGAGGAGAGAAUCCAAGAGAUCAUUGCACGGAACAAAGAGUUAGAAGCCUCCGAGGAGCGCAAGCGCAAGGCCAAACAGCUCGAGGUGCAGCGCAAAGAAGCCGCCCGCUCUGCUGCAUACGGACGGGGUGUCCCUCCUCGCAUGCCCAGUCAACCUACGUACACACCUCCAGUACAGCCACAGACGUCGUCGUACGACACAUACGAGGCCGAGAAGAACAAGCUCUCCAACAAGUUUACCUCCCGCUCCACCAAGGGCAUGCAGCUGGGCAAGAAGUCCAAGACAUCCAACGCCUUUGCGCAGGUGCAGCAGGAGAUCGGCGCCGAGGAGCCCCCUGCGACAGAGACAGCACUGCCCGUCCGCAGUGCCCCCACGGCGAGCACGCACGACACGACCCUCUCGUCCUCGGCCGCGACUCCAAUCUUAAUAUCCAUCACCGAGACCUUGUCCGCGAAGCUCAGCCGCGAAGGCGCCCUGAAGUCCAUGGAAGUCAAGGGAGAUCUGCAGCUUCGGAUCACCGACCCCUCCCUGACCAAGCUUGCUCUGUCAGUGCAAGCAGUCGAGGGCCCCUUAAAAGCACAAUUCCGGACUCACCCAAAUGUCGACAAAGCCCUUUUCACGUCCCAAAAGCUCAUCCAGCUUAAGGACACAUCCAAGAGAUUCCCGGCCAACAACAGCAUUGGCGUCCUCCGCUGGCGGGUCACGGCGCCGGCAGACCACCCUACCGACAUCCUCCCCGUGACGUUCACGGCGUGGGUAAAUAAGUCCUCAGACGGCAUGUACACCAUCACAAUUGAGUACGAGUUGACGAACCCUUCGGGCACGACCCUGCGAGACGUGUCCAUCACGAUCCCCUACGUCUCCUCGGAACCUUCCGUGUCGUCCUUCGAUGCCAUCUACCAGGUCACGGGCGACAGUCUGGAAUGGAAUAUCGGGGUGAUCGACGCGGACAAUCCGAGCGGAAGCUUCGAGUUCGAAGCUCAGGCGGAGGAUGACGGCGAGUUCUUCCCCAUGACUGUGAGCUUCGAGAUGAGCGGCACGUUUGUGGACGUGGACGUCAGAGAGGUCAGGAUGCUCGAGGGGAGCAUGGAGGAAGGAGUCGACUUUGAGAAGGUCGUCAAGGCGAAUGCCGAGGGCUUCGCCAUUGAGUAA